AACUAGAUCAGUAGAAUGCAUUGAUUCAUGCAGGUACAUACCAAAAGAAUCCCUUUGGCCACACUUACCUGAAUUUGUGGAUGGUGCUCUGAGUCACAUUGUGAACAUGGCAAGAGUUUUGGGGGAGCAAGUGAAUGGUGGAAAGCCAACAUGGCCUUAUGUUAUCCAUGGUCACUAUGCUGAUGCUGGGGAGGUAGCAGCACACUUAUCUGGUGCAUUGAAUGUGCCUAUGGUGCUCACCGGUCACUCGUUAGGCCGGAACAAGUUUGAGCAGUUGCUGAAGCAAGGGAGGCUCUCUAGGGAGGCCAUAAAUGAAACCUACAAGAUCAUGAGGAGGAUUGAGGCUGAGGAGUUCAGUGUGGAUGCUGCUGAAAUGGUUGUCACUAGCACAAGGCAAGAGAUUGAAGAGCAAUGGGGACUGUAUGAUGGGUAAGAUCUCAAGUUAGAGAGGAAGCUUAGAGUCAGGAGAAGACGUGGAGUAAGUUGCCUUGGAAGACACAUGCCAAGGAUGGUGGUCAUUCCACCAGGCAUGGACUUCAGCUAUGUCACAAUACAAGACACAGUGGAAGGUGAGGGGGAUCUCAAGUCACUCAUUGGAUCUAACAGAGCUCAAAGCAAAAUGAACUUGCCUCCAAUUUGGUCUGAGAUAAUGAGAUUUUUCACAAAUCCUCACAAACCAACAAUAUUAGCCUUGUCACGCCCUGACCCUAAGAAAAAUGUCAUGACUUUGCUCAAGGCCUUUGGGGAAUGCCAAGCCCUAAGGAAACUAGCUAACUUAACCCUCAUACUAGGCAACAGAGAUGACAUAGAAGAAAUGUCUAACAGCAGCUCUACUGUUCUUACCAUGGUGCUCAAGCUCAUUGACAAGUAUGAUAUGUAUGGUCAGGUUGCUUACCCCAAACAUCACAAGCAAUCUGAAGUUCCAGAGAUAUAUCGUCUCGCUGCAAAGACAAAGGGAGUUUUUAUCAACCCUGCCCUGGUGGAACCAUUUGGUCUCACACUAAUAGAGGCAGCAGCUUAUGGUUUACCUGUUGUUGCAACAAAAAAUGGAGGGCCAGUGGAUAUUCUAAAGGCACUCAACAAUGGACUCUUGAUUGAUCCACAUGACCAGAAAGCCAUAGAAGAGGCACUCCUAAAGCUUGUUGCAGACAAAAAUCUUUGGCUAGAAUGCCGCAAAAACGGCCUAAAAAACAUCCAUCGUUUUUCAUGGCCUGAACACUGCCGCAACUACCUCUCCCAUGUUGAACAUGGCAAGAACCGCCGCUCCACCUCCCUCUUGGAAAUUACACCAAUUGCUGAAGAACCAACAAGUGACUCAUUGAAAGAUGUAGAAGACAUUUCUUUUAGAUUCUCCACGGAAGGGGACUCCAAGCUGAAUGGAGAGACGGAACCUGCAGCAAGGCAGAAACAGAUUAUUGAAGCAAUCAUGAGCAGGGUCUCUUCCACUGGCAAUUCUAAUAACAGUUACUUCCCUGGUAGGAGGGAAAGUCUUGUGGUAGUAGCUGCUGAUUGUUAUGAUAAUGAUGGAAACUUGGCUAAGGCUUUUCAGACCAUCAUAUUGAAUGUAAUGAAAGUCGUGCGACCAGGCAGAAUUGGUGUGGUGCUGCUUACUGGUUUAAGUUUACAAGAGACAAUUGAAGCAUUGAACAGCUGCCAAGUGAACAUAGAGGAAUUUGAUGCUGUGGUUUGCAACAGUGGAAGUGAAAUGUAUUAUCCAUGGAAAGAUUUAAUGGCCGAUGCUGAUUAUGAGGCCCAUGUUGAGUAUGCUUGGCCAGGUGAGAAUAUUAGCUCAACAAUACCAAGGCUUGCUAGAAUUGAUGAUGAAGAGGAGAACGACAUUGUAGAGUGUGCAAGUGCUUGCAGUUCAAGGUGCUUAUCCUAUAGUUUGAAAACAGAAGCCAAGACCCGGAAGAUAGAUGAGCUGCGGCAAAGGCUUCGAAUGAGAGGCUUACGUUGUAACAUUGUCUACACGCAUGCAGGAGGGAGAUUGAAUGUGGUACCACUGUUUGCUUCAAGAAAGCAAGCACUAAGGUACCUGUCAGUUAAGUGGGGGAUUGAUCUAGCGAAAGUGGUUGUAUUUGUGGGAGAAAAAGGAGAUACAGAUUAUGAAGAACUCAUGGCUGGCAUACAGAAGACAGUUGUUCUGAGAGGGGCUGUUGAAUGUGGCAGUGAAAGGCUUCUUCGGAGUGAAGACAGUUACAAAAGAGAAGAUGUGUUCUUCCAAGAUAGCCCCAACAUUGUUUAUGCAGAGAAGAGCUAUGAGGACUUUGAUAUUUCAGCAGUUCUGGAGCAUCUCAAAGUAUCAUGAUUUCUGUUUUGGUCACUGUUUCUAAAUGUCACCAUAAACAUAGAAAUAACUGCAGUAUACAUAGUACAAUGUAUACCUCAGCUUCAAUAACACACAACAAAUACAUCUUCAAUUUG